CGCGGGCCGGACUCAGCCGGGGCGGCGGGGAGGGCGCCGCCCGAGGGGGUAGGGCGGCCGCGGGGGCGCGCUCGGGCCGGGCCGCGCGCCCUGCGCUGGGUUCGCUCGCUCGCUCGCGCCCUCCUUCCUCGGCAGCGGCGGCGGCAGUACAGGCGGCGGCGGCGGCCGGGGAGCAGACAUGGCGGCCGACCUGAACCUGGAGUGGAUCUGCUCGCUGCCGCGCUCCUGGACGUACGGGAUCACCCGGGGCGGCCGCGUCUUCUUCAUCAACGAGGAGGCCAAGAGCACCACCUGGCUGCACCCGGUCACCGGCGAGGCCGUGGUCACCGGGCACCGGCGGCAGAGUACAGAUUUGCCCACUGGCUGGGAAGAAGCAUAUACGUUUGAAGGUGCAAGAUACUAUAUAAACCAUAAUGAACGGAAAGUGACCUGUAAGCAUCCAGUCACAGGACAGCCGUCCCAGGACAAUUGUAUAUUUGUUGUGAAUGACCAGACUGUUGCAACCAUGACAUCUGAAGAAAAGAAGGAGAGACCCAUAAGUAUGAUAAAUGAAGCUUCCAACUACAACAUGGCCUCAGACUAUGCAGCGCAUCCUAUGAGCCCUGUGGGCAGGACGUCACGGGCCUCCAAAAAGGUUCAUAAUUUUGGAAAAAGGUCCAAUUCGAUUAAGAGGAAUCCUAAUGCGCCUGUGGUCAGGCGCGGCUGGCUGUAUAAGCAGGACAGUACCGGCAUGAAGCUGUGGAAGAAGCGCUGGUUUGUGCUUUCUGACCUUUGCCUUUUUUAUUACAGAGAUGAGAAGGAAGAGGGCAUUCUGGGAAGCAUCCUGUUACCUAGUUUUCAGAUAGCCAUGCUUACUGCUGAGGACCACAUCAAUCGCAAAUAUGCUUUUAAGGCAGCCCAUCCAAACAUGCGGACCUAUUAUUUCUGCACCGAUACAGGAAAGGAAAUGGAGCUGUGGAUGAAGGCCAUGUUAGAUGCUGCCCUGGUGCAGACAGAACCUGUGAAAAGAAUUACCUUUAAUUUCCGAGUGGACAAGAUUACAACUGAGAGUGCAUCAACUAAAGAAACCAAUAGCAUUCCCAACCACAGAGUUCUCAUUAAACCAGAGGUCCAAAACAAUCAGAAAAAUAAGGAAAUUAGCAAGAUUGAAGAAAAAAGGGCCUUAGAAGCUGAAAGAUACGGAUUUCAGAAGGAUGGUCAAGACAGGCCAUUAACAAAAAUUAACAGUGUAAAGCUGAACUCCCUGCCAUUGGAAUAUGAAAGCGGGCCAGCCUGCCCACCCCAGAAUGUGCACUACAGACCCAUCAAUGUGAAUAGUUCAGAUGGCAAAACAGUGAAUGUCAGCUUGGCAGAUGGCCGGGGUGGAAGUCACCCAAAUGCAGGGCCUCUACCCACAGAAGCUGAUCGAGUCAUUCAGAGAACAAAUUCGAUGCAGCAGUUGGAGCAAUGGAUUAAAGUCCAGAAAGGACGGGGUCUUGAAGAAGAGCCCAGGGGAGUAAUUUCUUAUCAAACAUUGCCAAGAAAUAUGCCAAGCCACCGAGCCCAGGCUAUGGCCCGAUACCCUGAAGGUUACCGAACACUCCCAAGAAACAGCAAGACCAGACCUGAGAGUAUCUGCAGCGUGACCCCUUCUGGUCAUGAGAAGACAGGGCCUGGAGCAGAGGAGAAGCGGCGGUCCAUGAGGGAUGACACCAUGUGGCAGCUGUAUGAGUGGCAGCAGCGCCAGUUUUACCACAAGCAGAGCACCCUUCCUCGGCACAGCUGCGUGAGCAGCCCAAAGGCCAUGGUGAACGUUUCUGACCAGACCAUGCACUCCAUCCCCACAUCACCUUCCCAUGGGUCAGCUGCCUACCAGGGCUUCUCUCCUCAACGGACAUACAGGUCAGAAGUGUCCUCACCGAUCCAGAGAGGAGAUGUGACGAUAGACCGCAGGCACAGGGCCCAUCACCCUAAGCAUGUCUAUGUACCUGACAGAAGGUCAAUGCCAGCUGGCUUAACAUUACCGGCUGUUAGCCAUCAGAGCCUCCAAGGCAGAACGCCAGAGGAGCUUACGCUGCUGCUAAUAAAGCUGAGACGGCAGCAAGCCGAGCUGAGUAGUAUCCGGGAGCAUACCUUAGCACAGCUCAUGCAGCUGAAGCUUGAGGCCCACAGCCCAAAGAAUGAAAUUCUUUCACAUCAUCUUCAAAGGAACACCAUAUAUUUGGAUCAUCAGAUGAAAGAAAAUGAACCUAUUAUCACCAUGGUUCACACAAUGAUUGAGAACUCGGCGCUAAGACCACAACUGUACCAACAAUUCUUAAGACAGAAGAACAAGAUAAGUCUCUAUUGUCUUUCACAAGAUGAAUGUAGAGGCACAUUAUACAAAUACAGACCUGAAGAAGUAGAUAUUGAUGCCAAAUUAAGCAGAUUGUGUGAACAGGAUAAAGUGGUCCGUGCUCUGGAGGAGAAGCUGCAGCAGCUCCACAAGGAGAAAUACACGCUGGAGCAAGCCUUGCUGUCAGCCAGCCAAGAGAUCGAGAUGAAUGCAGAUAACCCAGCUGCCAUUCAAACUGUGGUGCUUCAGAGGGAUGACCUGCAGAACGGGCUGCUGAGCACGUGUCGGGAGCUCUCGAGAGCCACUGCAGAGCUGGAACGAGCCUGGAGAGAAUAUGACAAGUUAGAAUAUGACGUGACUGUUACCAGGAACCAGAUGCAAGAGCAGCUUGAUCGCCUGGGGGAAGUGCAGAGCGAAUCGGCAGGAAUUCAGCGGGCACAAAUUCAGAAAGAACUGUGGAGAAUUCAAGAUGUCAUGGAGGGGUUGAGCAAACACAAACAACAAAGAGGCUCUUCAGAAACAGUAGGUCUGGCAGGAUCAAAGCCUUUCUCAGCAGUUAAGUACAAAAGUGAGGAAGAGGAAGUAGUCCCACCUCGGCCUCCACUUCCUCGGUCUUAUGACUUUACAGAGCAGCCUCCCAUAAUCCCCCCUCUGCCCAGUGAUAGCAGCUCCUUGCUCUGUUAUAGCAGGGGCCCCGUGCAUCUGCCUGAAGAAAAGAAGAUUCUUCAAGUUCAAGGAUAUCCAAGAAAUGGAUCUCACUGUGGUCCAGAUUAUAGACUCUACAAGAGUGAGCCAGAGUUAACCACAGUGGCAGAAGUUGAUGAAUCUAAUGGAGAAGAAAAGUCAGAGCCAGUUUCUGAGACGGAGGCUCCAGCUGUUAAAGGUUCCCACUUCCCAGUUGGAGUUCCUCUGAGAACGAAGUCUCCCACGCCCGAGUCCUCGACCAUAGCUUCCUAUGUGACCUUGAGGAAGACUAAGAAGAUGGUGGAGCUAAGAACGGAAAGACCAAGAAGUGCAGUGGAACAGCUCUGUCUGGCUGAAAGUACUCGACCAAGGAUGACUGUGGAAGAGCAGAUGGAGCGAAUCAGGAGACACCAGCAGGCCUGCCUAAGGGAGAAGAAGAAAGGACUGAAUGUUGUUAGUGCUUCUGACCAGUCGCCCUCACAAAGCCCCUCGAAUGUGAGGGAUAAUCCUUUCAGGGUCACUCAGACUCUUAGAAGGGAUGAUAAUGUUAAGGAGCUGGACACCAUCCACAGAGAAAAUGAUGUAAAGCCAGACCAUGAAACUCCAGCAGCAGAAACUGUUCACCUAGAAGAAGCUGAACCCCAGAAUGCAGCCAUCGGCAGAAAGCUUAGAAGAUCUGAAACUGUUUUUUAUGAAAUGCUUUUUACACCUGAGCCAAAUGGAAUGAAUUCUGAGGGAGUGAUGGAUAAAGAAAGGCAUAAAGAGCCGGUGCCUGAAGACGGUUCAUGCAGCCCUCAAGAAGAGGUGGCCAUGACGAACCACCAGGCGGAAGGCCCUCCUGAAGAAGCAGAGAGUCUUCAUGAAGAGGAGGAAACUCUUGCUUCUUAUGAGCCAGCUCCUGAGAUUCCUACAGAGAACCAAACCACAGCUGCACUGAUGUCUGUUGAGAGCACACAGAGCUGAAGCUGUGGACCCUCAGCAAUGUAAGAAGAUGUACAGUAUACCUUAAAUCUAUGAAAUUCAUAGUUCUGAUGCUUCUGACCACAGGGCAUCGUUUUAUCACCUUUGGAAAAUGUUUAUUCCAAAAUAGCUUUAAUGGCCCAUCUGUGCACUCCGUAGUCUGAAGGUCACCAUUCUCCACGCUUGCUGCUAUGAGUUCAGAGCACAUCAGUCAAGGUGCUUUCUCCGUACGCUCCAUCCAGAGCUUGCUUAGUUGCAGUUCCCAGAAUUGGAUGCUUAAUUCUAGGUGGAUUUACGUUUCUUUUGCUUUUCAGUAAAGCUCUACUUCCCUGUGAAGCUUGUUUUCUUUCCUUUUUUUUUUUUUU